AUGAGUGACGCCGUUACCAUCAGAACUAGAAAGGUUAUUUCCAACCCAUUAUUGGCCAGAAGACAAUUCGUCAUUGAUGUUUUACACCCAAACAGAGCCAACGUCUCCAAGGAUGAGUUAAGAGAAAAAUUAGCUGAAAUCUACAAGGCCGAAAAGGACGCCGUCUCCGUUUUUGGAUUCAGAACCCAAUUUGGUGGUGGUAAAUCCACUGGUUUUGGUUUAAUCUACCAAUCCGUCGCCGAUGCCAAAAGAUUCGAACCAGCUUACAGAUUAGUCAGAUACGGUUUAGCUGAAAAAGUCGAAAAGGCUUCCAGACAACAAAGAAAACAAAAGAAGAACAGAGACAAGAAGAUCUUUGGUACUCAAAGAAGAGCUCAAAAGAGAGCUGCCAGAAGAAACGCCGACUAA